GAAGAAUCAAAGGAAUCAAAAAAUUUAUUGACUAUAAGUACAGCUUCUAAACAGCCUUCCAACAAAAUUGCAAUCGAUCACAAUGAAGAUGCCCAAGUCAUUUGCAGCUUCAUUUCUCUUCCUGAUAUGGCGUUUUAUAUCAUCUGGCAAUUCAGUGGCACAAGCAUACACAAUUUAUGCGACAAACACAUGCCCCUUCCCAAUCUGGCCUGCAACCGCCCCAAACAAAGGGCAGCCAGUGAUAGCCGAUGGCAGUUUCUACCUCCCACCCGGCCAAACCAAAGCCUUCCAGGCCCCUGGAACAUGGAGCGGCCGCAUUUGGGCCAGAACUGGCUGUGACUUCACCUCCAACCUCAAACCUGCUUGUGAAAGUGGUGACUGUGAUGGACAACUUCACUGCAACGGCAAAAUAGGCCUCCCACCAGCCACACUAGUCGAAAUGUCAAUCCAAGUCGACAAAAUGAAACCGAGUUUUUAUGAUGUGAGCUUAGUUGAUGGAUACAAUCUCCCUAUUUCUGUCUCAACAAACCCAAUGGCUACAAAAUGUCGGAUUAGAGGGUGUUCGAAAGAUAUGAAGAGAAUGUGCCCACAAGAGCUUCAGGUUUUGCGCAAAGACGGUGAAGUUGUGGCGUGUAAGAGCCCGUGUUUGGCUUUUGAUGCUGAUGAAUUUUGUUGCAGGAAUGAGUUUGGGAGCCCGGAGAAGUGCAGGCCGAGUGUUUAUUCGACGAUUUUUAAGGAUGUUUGUCCUGAUUAUUUUAGCUAUCCAUUUGAUACGCCGACUCCAUUGGUGAACUGUACCUCGGAUGAGCAUGUGAUAACUUUUUGUCCUUCGAAUUGGGGGAGUGGUGUGGCCAGGAUAUGUAGAGCAGAGUUCAAAACAAUUGCUUCUUGUAUGGUUUCCUUACUAUUAUCUACUUCACUGUGGUAAUAGUACUUAAAGGUCAUGUUUGAUUCACAACACUAAUAGUGAAGUAUUAAUAAUCCAAUUAAAUUA